AUGCCCACCAAAUGGUUAUCGCGUCGGCACAGACAUCCUGCUUCCCACAACCAUUCCAACUCAUACUCAGCGCCGAACUACAGGCAGGACUUUGAUUUUCCUUUCCAGGAACAGUCAUCCAGCGUCUUCAGCGGUCCAGGCAGAAAUCGAGCUGUCGUGACCUCAAGGCCGGUCGACAUCCGUCCAACAACGGCCGGAGCGCCCACAGGAAGGCGAAGGCAGCGUGCUCCAGUGCCUGCCACCCGACCAGAGACAUCUGACAACCACAAACCUAUGCCUAUGCAGGUCAGCAAUGUCAUGUUAAGGUCAGACGAUGGUCUGAUCGGCCUCGCCUUCGGCAGCCCGUCCCAUCCUCCUCAGUCCUUUUGUACUCCUAGCAUGGAAUCCGUCCCGCUGGAACUCAAUCCCACCCUCCGACACAACCAUCCGUCCCCCGACAAAUCAGCACAAAUGCAGUCGAGGAAGUGGAGGAAGCUGGGGAGUCUGUUCAAGUCCCGGGAAGCUGUGGUUCGACGGGAUGAGGUCCCUCCAGGUCCAACGAUCGGGUUGCCGACCGGAUUGGUGAUGCUGGAUAAGAGUCCGACAAGUCAGAGUAGAAUUCUGGACGCGCAUAAACUACAACCAAUACAGUCGGAUUCACGUCAAGGUGAUACUCCAUCAUCGCUCGACAAGAAACCAGCCGCGAACCUUGAAGUUCCUGAGAAGAUGGGAAUCAAGUCGGGAGAUGAUAUGAUAUCAAGGCCGUCGACAGCCACCGAUGCCAAUAUACAAAGUGAGCUGCACAGGAGACCUCCUUUGCCGAAACUUGAACUGGAGAUCCCAACGGAGCCUCUCGAUCGGUUUAGUGUCAUGUUCCGCAAUCUACCAGCCGCCACCCGCUCUUCGUCUCUGCUAGCCAGACGGAGCAAGACCCUGAGGAGUCUGAAGUCCUUUGAAGACAUUGCACCCAUGACUGGUCCAGACAAAGACAAUUACAUGCCUCAUUCAACCACCGAGUCGCUGACGCCCCUCAUGCCACCGAGACUCUUAACAACACCAACGAGGGCGAGAUCACCAGCAGGUUGCAAAUAUUCGUUGUUUCCCACCACAUCUUCUACGCCAGUGAAGAACCCUGGGCACGGCGCGACCUUGGAAAAUGGUGGCCGUGGCAGAUCUCAAUUGAAAAGAUCAAUGACCUCGCCGGCCCGUCUGUCUCCCAUGCAAGAUCACUUCGCGGCGGCAAAGCCAAAACCUCUCAACCUCCUGAAAAGGACAUCAUCCAGUGAACAUGUGGAUACUAAAUCAGGCGUCAACGGAAGGAUCUCUAACGAGCAAAUUGUCAGCAGUCCUGAGGAUAACACGGCUUCGACGGACCGAGAGGCUCCAUGGAGUUCGACUCAUUCAUUCCAAUCAUCCCUCUCGUCUGCUACUACCGUUGACGAGAUCUUCUUCGACAUCAAAUCCUUUCGGGAUUCAAAAGGGGUUGAGGAUGGUCAGUUUGUCAUGACCAGGCCAGCGUCGGCCGCCAUACACUUGGCUCGAACCCGAUCAAAGCGUGCCGGUCCUACAUAUCGGAUUCGACGCCCGGAAGAUGCGCCCUCUGACGAAGUUGACGAACCCUCGACGCCACUUCCUCCACCUAUGCCAUCAGCGACCUUGUCCGUUAUUUCGGCUGGCACCACCAAACAUACCUCUGUCAACACGGCAUAUUUCGAUGAAGCCAUUGCCGCGGUUGAAUUGCUCACAUCGCCCACCGCCACAGCCGAGUCCGAGAGGAUUCUCCCCAUCACCUUCGCCUCCCCUCGGCCUGGCAUUUUUGCUCACAAGGAACCAUCUGGUGCCGCCCCAUCGACGGAUACGUCGUCGCCUAGUGCCAGAAAUCAAUCGACCGAUCCUUUAACGAGCCAUGCAAACCUUACUCGGGAAGAAGUCGGCCAGCUGAUUCCUUCGCCCGUUACCGAAGUCAGGGAGGAUCUCUCACAGUACAGUGCCUCUGAAUACACAGUCACGCCGAGCUCCACACCAGUGCCGCCACAUACUCAACCCGAAGCGAAGAUCAGGGCUCUCGUAUCUCCCCAGAUUGCGGCUGCGAAACGAGUCGAUCGACCGAUUGACGACUCGCCGACCAUUCCCCAAGGUCCUCCCAGUCUACGACAUACGCCCACUGGGACGUCAUCACCAGCGUCAGCCGAUGACAAGCCACCGCCAGUGCCGACGAAGGAUGCGAAAUACAUCCCUCUGUCGAAAUAUGCCGCAAAGAACACUGUCUUCAAGAUCGAGCAAGCGGGUAUCACACCCACCAGACCACUCCGGACCAACACCGACAGUAGCUUUAAUGUCAGCCAUCCUCCACAGGCUGCGACGCCAGGAAACAAGGAACGAUCCGCGACUCUCCCUUCAUCUCUACGCCCUCCCCGUCCGCCUGCUGAGGCAUCGUCGCCGUCCUCGGCCCUCCGAGGUCUUGAGAAGACCGUUCCGCCACCGCCAUCUUCACGUUCUAAUCCUCGCUCCGCUCAACCGGCACCAAUCAAAGCAGAAGUGGCCGUUGCCCGCACCAUUUCCUUGUCUCGCAAACAGAGCGCCCGUGUCCAUGUUCCUGGACCCAAACUUGGUGUUCGCCGCGCCGAGGCUGCCGCGCGUCAACAGCGACGACAUUCGCACCAACAAAAGCGAAGUGAGUCAGAACCACCGAAGCCGUCGAUGAUGGGGGGUCAUCGCCACCGCCGCACAGGGUCUAGGUCUGUGUCUAAGGACAAAAUCAUGUCUUUUAUCCGCGGCGAACAGUCUGACUCGGAUAAGGAGAAGGAACGUCAGAGGGAAAGGGAGAGAGAGAAGGAGAGGGCCAGACUGCAGAUCGAGAAGCAGGUGGCCAUUAGGGAGAAAGCCAAAGAGAAAGAAAGGGAGAAAGAGCGAGAGAAAGAGAAGGACCGAUCAAGAGAAACGCCCGUCGUGACCCGCAUUCACGACAACGAUGAUGACGACAGCAACGAUCUUUCGCCGCAAACUCGAAAGUGGGAGAUGAUCGAUAAAAGCAAGUGGGAGAUUCUGGAGAAGAAGGCAUAUUCCCCCGUCGUGGUGCAGGCCCAGCGCGGACACCGGCCUGGCUUGAGUGUCGGCGUGGUCGUGGAGGAUGUAUGA